UUAGUGUGCAAAUUAUAACGUGCAAUGUGUGAGUCGACAUACGAGGGACUGAAUUAUAAACUCAGUCGGGGACCAUAGCGCCGAAUGUGCCGUUUCAUUUGGCUAGCGUUACUAAGAAUUACGAUUUGGUGAGGUGUCCGUGAAGCAAGCUCGCGCGGAGUGAUGGCGGCCGGUGCGCAUGCGCGUCCGUUGGCCAUGAUGUUUCUCUCGGCUGUGUUUAGAGUGGAAGGGGAGGAGAGCUCGCCGUCGCCGCCCGGCAUGAAGGACAACCCGGUCCACUAGAGAAGUAGGUGUCACAUGAUGAUGAUGAUGAUGGACUUCCUGCUGAGCGGAGCGGCGGCGUGCGGCGCGUGCCUGGUGACCAACCCGCUGGAGGUGGUCAAGACUCGCAUGCAGCUGCAAGGAGAGCUCAAGAGCCGGGGCAGCUAUCGGGUUUAUUACCGUAAUGUCUUCCACGCGUUCUACACCAUCGCCAAAGUGGACGGCGUGGCCGGCUUGCAGAAAGGCCUCGUGCCCGGACUGUGGUAUCAGUUUUGUAUGAACGGAGUCCGGCUGGGCUCGUACGCCGUCAUCGAGUCCUCGGGCUACAUCCACACGGAUGGAAGGGUCAGCGGACCCAAGACCGUCGCAGCUGGAGCGGCGGCGGGUGUGGCGGGAGCUGUGAUGGGCAGCCCCGUCUAUUUGGUAAAGACUCAUUUGCAGAGUCAGUCUUCUGCCUCCAUUGCGGUGGGACACCAGCACAAACACCAGGGAAUGUCCCAGGCGCUGGCGGCCAUUUAUAAGGAACACGGCAUUCGAGGACUGUGGAGGGGCGCUAGCGCCGCCAUACCGAGGGUCAGCGUGGGCUCAGCGUCUCAACUCUCCACCUUCUCCUCAGCCAAAGAGCUGGUGCUUGAUCUUCAGGUGUUUGCAAAGGACAGCUGGUUGGUGGCGCUGAGCGCCGGCAUGAUCAGCAGCGUGGCGGUGGUGCUGGCCAUGACGCCUUUCGACGUGGUGAGCACGCGGCUCUACAACCAGCCGGUGGAUCAGCGGGGCAAGGGGCUGCUUUACAAAGGCUUUACCGACUGCUUUUCUAAGACCCUGAAAAGGGAGGGCCUAACGGGACUCUACAAAGGUUUGGGAGCGUCUUAUUUCCGGAUUGGUCCUCACACCAUUCUUUCCUUGUUCUUUUGGGAUGAACUGCGCAAAUUGUACCAGCCGUUCAGAUAACACCGGGAAGUUGGAAAUGGUGAUUCGUGAUGCUGCGAGCCACAGGUUUCAAGGAAUUCUCAUUAAAUGAGUAAAUUAUAUUAUGAGGUUAAAGAAAAACCAGGGCGUGUUUUUCUUUCUCUUGAGAGGAAGGUUAAUAUUUAAAAAGAACCACAGUCGCGUGAAAAAUGUUGCACACUUUUAUGUACAAUGCUCAGCCCCUUGACCGCAUCAAAUGUGGCUCACGACUGUUCAAGUUGAGUGGAUGGCCAUACUAGUGGCGUGCUACCUCCAACAUUACAUAUCAUUCUAUGCCAACCGAGCAAAGCCUGCAAAAAAAAAAAAAAGAAUCCCACUGGUUCCAACUACGUCUCCAGAGAUUUCAUAUUUGUGAAAAUCAUUUUGAACUCCCGUUUCAUGGACAUAGUGCCAUCAUGAACUGCUUUAUCAUCGGCAAAUUGUUAAAAGGUUUUUAUUUUUUUUUACUGUAAAAUACAUGACUAAUGUUCACAACAAAGGCUUGACCUAUUUGCUACACCAGUAUCAGUACUUUUAUACAUUGAUAAUACUGUGCAUCCUUUUGUGUUCUGGAAGCCUUUUUCUUUGGGUGACUUAGUAAUGUACCGUACAAUUUACGUGUGGAAUUAGCAUUCAUGUAGCUAGAUUUCAAACACACCUUUCCAGACAUUACUGAAUAAUGAAACAUUAAGGAAAUUCCUGUUAUGCUGUUGCUUAGCCUUUUUAUUAAAAUUUUUUUGAAAUCAAAUCAGAUUAGCAACUGUGAAGUUAGUGUAGUGUUGGCUUUAAGCACAUUUGCCUUCUAACUGUACUACUAAAUAGCUGUUACAUGCAGCAACAUGUCAAUUGAAUGUGAUGCCAACUCCUCUGUCUAGAUUGGGGAAACUACUAUUUGUGGACAGGGGUCAAGAAACGCAAAUAAAUCAUCUUUUGACCUGA